GAUAAUGAUAAUGUGGUGGCAUGGCGGUGUAAAAGAAACGUGCUUGAAUUGUGGUUGUGUGGUCGGUAAUAUUUUAUCCAAAAUCUUACUUGCUCCUAUAAGUGAAUAAUUAUCUCAAAGCUUACAUCUGACUGUACAGCCUCUCUUUGAUUCACCUACUCACAUCCUCUUUGAUAGGAAAUUCUCUUAGAAAUGAUCAUCAGAAAACUGAGCCGUUUUCGCCUUGAAACUGUUCUAUUUCAAAAUCAUAGAAAAUACAGCAAUAGGAAUGUGCUCAAAUUACGAGAACGAGGACUGAUUGAAGAUUUAUUCCCGAACUCUCCAGUGGCUGUGCAUGAAGCAAUUGAUCUCCUUGUAGGCAAACCACAAACUGUCUAUGCAGGAUUUGAUCCUACUGCAGAAAGCCUUCACAUAGGAAACCUUCUAAUUAUAUGCAGUUUGAUUCAUUGGCAAAGAGCUGGUCAUUUUCCAAUUGCUCUGCUUGGUGGAGCAACAGCCCAAAUUGGUGAUCCAAGUGGAAAGACAAAAGACAGAGAUGAAGCUGCCUUAUACAUAUUAGAAGAAAAUACGGACGGUAUCAAGAGGAAUAUUCAAACAGUAUUUGCUAAUCAUGAGAAAUAUUUCUGGGAAAAGAAAGCCAAAGCAGAGCGCCUGCAACCCUUGCAGAUUGUAAAUAAUUCUAGUUGGUACGAAUCGAUGAAUGUGGUAGACUUUAUCGGGCACGUAGGUCGCCAAUUUAGAAUGGGCACCAUGUUGCGGCGAGAAAGCGUUCAAACAAGACUUGACUCAGAAGUUGGUAUGAGUUUCACCGAGUUCACUUACCAAAUAUUCCAAGCUUAUGACUGGCUUCACCUUUAUAGGAAAUACAAUUGCAGAUUCCAGAUAGGUGGUAGUGAUCAAUUGGGUAAUAUUGUCUCUGGGCAUCACUUAAUCGAUAGAUUUGAAAAAGCAUCCGUUUUUGGGGUUACCGUUCCAUUGGUCAAGACUACCCACGGAGACAAACUUGGUAAAACCGCUGGUAAUGCCGUGUGGCUCAACCCUAAAAUGAGCUCGCCUUUUGAGAUGUACCAGCACUUUGCACGCACUACGGACAAUGAUGUGGAAAUCUUAUUAAAGUGCUUCACUUUUAACUCAGUUGCUGAGAUUGAUGCCAUUGUUAGGGAGCAUAAGAACUCACCCAGUAAGAGAACAGCUCAGAAAAAAUUGGCAGAGGAUGUAACUCUAUUGGUUCAUGGAGAGGCAGGAUUGAAAUCAGCUUUGGAAGCCACCGAGGCCUUAUACUCAGGUACAAUUGAAAGUUUGAGUCGCCUGAGUGCAGAUGAUGUAACACGAAUUUUUAAGGAUGCAACCGUGAAAGAAAUUUUCCUUAAACCUGGGAUAACUGUCUUAGAUCUAUCAUUGGAAAUUCCAUGUUUUAAAAGCCAAGGGGAUGCUAUCCGUAAGAUUGAAGCUGGAGGACUGUACUUGAACCACCAGCGAAUUACAAACUUCAAUGAAAUAAUUACGCCAUCUAUUCAUAUCUUGCCAAACAAACUUAGUCUAAUUAGAUCAGGCAAGAAAAACUACUACAUUGUCAAGUGGAUUUUGUGACUUUCCAUUUCUGCAGUGAAAAAAGAUCAUUUGAAACGAACCGUUUUUCUGCGUUCCAGCAUUUUCUUGUUGUUUUCACAUGUUUCUUGAAGUUAAAUUAUUCUGUGAUCUGAAUUGUUCCAAUCCAAACGAUCAGCCAAUGCUUGAUCCCUUAAGAAACCAUGGAGCUGGGUGUAGUGGAACAUUCCUAAGAUUGCUCAAUUUUUAUUUUUUGGUCCAUGGCUUGUAAAAAAGUAGACAUCAACUUAGUCAUGGAUUACAAUCAAAGAUCCCUGAAUUUGCUUUUCUUAGAGACAAAAAGAUUUUGAAAACAUUUUCUUGUGGGUUAGUUUCUUCAGUUUGAUGCAUGGAGAGGAACAAUGCAAUUGAUGGUUGAAAUAGGUGUCUUUCUUCAUCUGAUCAUAAUCCUGAUGAUGAUCACUCACUGAAUGCUCAAAAAGAAGUUAGAUAUUAUUGAUCAAAGAAAAAGUUGUAUGAAUCAAUUCCCAAGUUGUACCUUUUAAAUUAUUUGAAACUUAAGUUUCCUUGUAUGCGCCUUUAAGGGAGACCAUGAAAGUAUCGACAUCCCCUCUCUUAGUGUUGGGGGUUGAUCAGAAGAUUGAUCCUUACUAAAUUUCAGCCCAACGUAAGCAUUUGAAAAGAAUUGCAAUGAGCUGCUGACUUCAUUGCUAAGAUUGAAUUGGUUCAAAUAAAAGAAUGACAGAGUGUGACCGACAAUUAUUACAAAUCUUUAUAAUAUUUAGAACCGUUGAAUGCAUUGAAAAAAUAAUAAUUCAAAAUACAAGUAUGUAAACAUUUUAUCAAAAUGUUCUGAGGCGUUUGUCUCAUUUCAUGUUUUAAGAGGGGACAUUUCUCAGGCAGCCAUUUGUCUUAUUCUCACUUAUUUCUGGAACUUUGAGGGCUAAGGAACAAUACUGCCUAACUGACAAUUUUGGUCAAAGUGCAUUGGUGGCUUUGCAGCAAUCUACUGCGUAAAAUACACAAACUAAUGGUUUUAGUUUUUCCCAUAGAGUGCAUAGAGUGGUGGUAAAAUGGAGUGAGCUGAGGCCGUGCUCUGGCUAAUGAGUUCCAAGUUUGGUUUGCGCCGAGAUUCGGUCAACAUUUCGUUACAUUUUCCAUCCAAAAUGGCGAUGUAGAAUACGUAAUAAUUCACAUUCUCUUAGAUUACAUCAGAUGGUCAGGUCCCUGUGUAUUGCAAACAGUUGAUUAUGUAUCGAAAUGGUGAUCCAGCGUGACCCAGGAGUCACGGAAUUCAGGACCUGGAAAAUGCUUUAAAGUGGUGCCAGCUCUCCCAUUUGCAUCACAACUCUGUGUACUCUAUGGUUUAUCCCGUUUCCGCAUGGGAUUACUGUAUAAACAAAUUGCAAGUCUAAACUGAAAAUAACAAAAAUGGCGAAGUUUUUUCUUUGUCAGUUUUCAGAUAAGCGAUAUUGUUCCUUACCUAUCGACUUUCAAAAGGGAAUGAUUAAGAUGUUUGCGAGAAGAAAUCCUUCUCUUUCCUCUCGGAUCCACUCUAUAUGUAAAGGAAAGAUAACGCAUGACAUUAAUUUAUAAAGUAUUCACGGCGAUUAUGGAGACAAGUAAGUCAGUUUGAUUAAUGCUUUUCUAUCUUGUCCAUAAAAGCUCUUAUCAAAUGAUUGUGAGUUGAUCAUGAGAAAUUUCAAUCAAAAAUUGGUUCCUAAUUAUGUUUUAAUAAACAACUUGCUAAUUUCCAUCAAAA